AUGCAACAUCUGCAUUUUGCCCGCCACCUUUGUGGAUAUUUAGUUGGACUUUUCAGUGCUGGCACUGGGAGAACAGGUAUGAUCAUCUGGGGAGAGCCGUGGGAUGUGGCCGGUUGGGAAGUGACUGAGGGAUUCUUGGAGCGAUGGGGAUGGACGAUCAAGGGAUGUUGGGGUUUAUUUGAGUUUACAAAUAAAUGGAGGAUAGGACGAGGUCAAAUGGCUCUACAAUUUGAGGAAAUGUUGAUCUGA